AUGGGAGCGUGGAGCCGCCAGAAGUUCUUCCGGGAGCUGGCCGCCGGCUGCCUGCUGCCCACGGCCCAGCAAGGUGUGGAGCAAGUGUGGCAGCUGCUGCUCAUCUGCCUGCUCUGUCGCCUCCUCUGGAUGACCGGCCUACCCCCGCUUUUCAAGCAUCUGUCCACAGUGGCGGGAGGGUUCUACGUUCUCUACCUGUUCUUUGAACUGCACAUGAUCUGGGUAGUCCUCCUUAGUCUCUUGUGCUACCUCUUCCUGUUCCUGUGCCGCCACUCCAGCAUGCGAGGCACCUUUCUCUCGAUCACCGUGCUCAUCUACCUGUUGCUGGGAGAGCUUCACAUGAUGGACACUAGCAAUUGGCACAAGAUGAGAGGUUCGCAGAUCGUGGUGGCCAUGAAAGCCGUCUCGUUGGCCUUCGACUUGGACAGAGGCGUGGUCAGCGAGGUCCCUUCUCCUAUCCAGUUCAUGGGUUACAUCUACUACGUGGGGACCAUCAUCUUCGGUCCGUGGAUCAGCUUCAAUAGCUACAAGGAAGCUCUAGAAGGACGGCAGCUGAGCUUUUCGUGGUUAUUCAAAGUGUCUUUGAGUUGGCUGAAAAGCCAGAGUUGUCUGAUUGUCUCCAACUGCGUGGCACCCUACCUCUUCCCUUAUUUCAUUCCCAUUUACGAAGACAAGCUGCUGAGGAGCAAAAAGAGGAGGAAAAUCAGAGGUUCACUCCCAAAGUGGUUGUUGGCUUAUGAGAACACGUUGUCUUUCCACUCGAGCAACUAUUUUGUGGCUUAUUUGAGCGAAACCACCACCACUCUGGCCGGGGCGGGCUACAGCCAAGAGAAGGACAAGCUCAGAUGGGAUCUGACGGUGUCCGAGCCGCUCGACGUGGAGUUCCCUCGCUCCGUGGCCCAAGCCGUGGCGUCCUGGAAUCUGCCCAUGACGCGCUUUCUACGAGCUUAUGUAUUUGAGAGGGCUGUGAAAUUUGGGACGUUCUCUGCCAUCAUGGCGACCUACGCAGCCAGCGCUCUUCUGCAUGGUUUGAGUUUCCACCUGUGCGCAGUUCUGGCCUCUUUGGGCUUCAUCACAUACGUCGAGCACGUGCUGCGGAAGAGACUGGCGACAGUUUUGAACGCCUGCGUCCUGUCCAAAAAAUGUCAGCCAAACUGCAGCCACCGGAACAAAAAGGCCGUGUGGGUGUACAUGAUCAACCUGGCCUUCAGCGCUCUGGCCAUACUCCAUCUCACCUACCUGGGUUCCGUCUUCUCUUCCAGUGUGGACUACAUGGAGGAAGAUGAGGAUGACUUUAGCCAUUACGCCAUUCAGAAGUGGUCGGAGCUGGGUUGGACGAGCCACUGGCUGACAUUUGCGUCCUGGAUAUUGUACCGCCUUGUUCUUUAG